GGAACUCCUUUAUCCAUUAUCGUCAGCGAGGUCCAUUACACCUCUGUCCGACAGCUUGGUCAGCUUGUUCGUCCGGAUCCUCCAGUUCAGGCUCCAUGUUCCCAGGAAGGAUUUGUAAUGUGACUCUCCUGUUAUUGGAACACACCCUUCACCGACCUCCUUCCACCUUUGGUGAUCUCUCCUGGAUGGUUGCUUCCUGGCGUUCCAACUGGGGAACAGCUCAAUAGCCUGAUGUUUAUAUAUUAUUGUGAGGGAGAGUGAGUUCUGUGGUGCUGUUGCCUCCACUGGCUCUUGCUGGGAUCAGCAGGCUUCUCUCCAGAACUGGUCCUGUCAGUACAGGACAGUAGCCCAACAUGCGGGGCAGGCCCUUCCUACGGUUUAGAGGCAGUUGCUGCAGCUCUUACACUUCAGACGGAGCAGAAGGAAAGGGCACAUGAGAUGACAAACCUGCCGUCAGCAAAAGAAAGCCGUGCAGCUCAGCGGUCGCCAUGGAGACGCAGGGGUCAGGGAAAUGAUUCACAGAGGAACCUUAGUUUCAUGAAUCGGUUUAUUUGUUGCCAGGUCUGCAGUGUUUCUGGUGACGUGAAGGAACAGGUUUGAGUCCGAACACUGGUUCGUGGGAGGACACAGGUGUGUGUUCUGUGGAGGGAACCAUGAGGGAGGAAGGGUCCCUAAAGCAGGACCUUAAUACAGCCUUCACCCCUCUAGUGUUGAGCAGGUUCCCCCUCUGCCGUCCAACACUGUGAAACACUGUGGAGCGAGAAGAUCAAAUCAAGUUUUGAUCUGAACGAAGAGGAUGGCGUGAUCGCCACUCUUGUGUGGGCGGGGGGACACAAUCAUAGAUUCACAAGGUCUCAAUCGUGAAACAGCCUUGCAGAAACAGUAGCAACAUCUGCCAGUCUGAAACAAGGUGUCUGUUGGCUUAGAAUUUCACUGAUCUCACUGGAGGUUCUGAAGAAGCAGUACAACUGCUAUAACUCCAGUCGCUCUGACUGUUGACUCAACACCAGGGGCAUGUAGAGCAGAAACCUGAGGCCAUCAGAUUCGCUGGAUUUAAAGUGUCAUCAGAGGAAGGAGAUCAAAGUUUAAAGUGUGACCUUGAAGUCACCAUGGUGAUGUCAUAUAUUCAUUUAUUUUAAAGGGCACCUAUCCUGGUGAUCCACCUUUCUGACUUGCUCAUGUUUCUAAAGUUGAAGUCUUCCUCGCCGUGAUGCCGCUUCUCCAUCAGCUCCACCAUGCCCUUCCCAAUCUGAAGCAGCUGGGGUGAAGCAGUGAAGACAUCAGUAGGUUUCUUCAGGCGGGAUGAGCGGGGGAGUGGAGCAGACUGACAUCCUCAGCGUGCACUCGGUGGUGAAGGAACGAUGGAAAGUGACGAAGAAGAUCGGGGGCGGGGGGUUUGGAGAGAUCUACGAAGCGCUGGACCUUCUAACUCGGGCCAACGUGGCACUGAAGGUGGAGUCUGCCCAGCAACCAAAGCAGGUGCUGAAAAUGGAGGUGGCCGUGCUGAAGAAACUGCAGGGCAAGAACCACGUGUGCCGCUUUGUGGGAUGUGGCCGCAACGACCGGUUCAACUACGUGGUGAUGGAGCUGCAGGGUCGUAAUCUGGCCGACCUGAGGAGGAGCAUGACCCGCGCCACCUUCAGCAUCAGCACCACUCUGCGUCUGGGCCGGCAGAUGUUGGAAGCCAUAGAGAGCAUCCACUCGGUUGGCUUUCUGCAUCGUGACAUUAAACCUUCCAAUUUCGCUAUGGGUCGCUUCCCCACUACGUGCCGGACCUGCUACAUGCUGGACUUUGGAUUAGCCCGCCAGUUCACAAACUCCAGCCAGGAGGUUCGACCUCCUCGGCCUGUGGCAGGUUUCCGAGGAACCGUCCGUUACGCCUCUGUCAACGCCCACAAGAACAAGGAGAUGGGUCGCCAUGACGACCUUUGGUCCCUCUUCUACAUGCUGGUGGAGUUUCUGGUCGGCCAGCUGCCCUGGAGAAAGAUCAAGGAGAAGGAGCACGUGGGUAAACUGAAGGACACGUACGACCACCGCCUGAUGCUCAAGCACCUUCCAGCAGAGUUUGGUGUUUUCCUGGAACACAUCUCCAAUCUGGACUAUUUCACCAAGCCCGACUACCAGCUGCUGAUGUCAGUGUUUGACAACAGCAUGAAGACGUACAAUGUGGUGGAAAACGACCCGUAUGACUGGGAGCGGACCGGCACCGACGGCUCCCUGACCAUCAGCGCUAGCGCCACGACUCCGCAGCAUCACACGCGCCUCACGCCGGCCCACAUGGGCAUGGCGAAUGCUUCCCUGAUCCCGGGCGACUUGAUGAAGGAGAACACGGACGAGGUGUUGCAGGACGAGCAGCUCAGUGACGUGGAGAACAAUCCUGGUCCUGAGCGCUUGAUCGGGUCACCUGGUUUUCCACAUCGCAACCAAGAGGCUGACGUCUGGGAGGAGUUGGAUCGGAACAGAAAUCGAGUGAGGAGUGCGGUCUGGAAGGCCGCAGCAGAGGAGGUGGACCUCAACAACCACGGACACCAAAGCCCCUUCGCUGGCCAGAGCUUGGGCUCUCCUGUGAAGCUGCUGUCAGAUGUGGCCGCUGCAGACCGCGACGCUCCGCUGUUGAGAAAGCUGCGCAACAUCCACAGUUUUGAGCUGGAGAAAAGACUGAGCCUGGACUCGAAGCCAAGUCCAGAACGCUUCCUGGAGGCCAGUUCACCAAAGUUAAGGCUGGAGAAAGAGCUUGACGGGGCAGCAGUGGUGGAUGUUCAGUCGGGUGGAGCGCUGCCUGACAGGGUCUGGCACUACGAUGAGGAAUUCCUUUCUGGAGGGGCGUCCCCGAAGCCACCUUCCCCUGGUUCUUUAGAUCAUGGAGAGGCGGCGGUGAGCAGUGGAGGGUUUGUGGCCCUCAAUCUGAGCUCAGGACGGCAAGACUUUGAUUCAAGGGAAUGGGUCAUGGUGGACCGUCCCAGUGGUUCCCCUGGUGCCAAGGCUUCAUCUAGUCCGUCAGAGGAGGACGAUGAGGAACCAGAAAUCCUCCAUCCUGGGGAGCAGUCUCCUGCGUGUCCAAGCCCCAGUUCAGGAAAAGCCAAACAGGAAAGCUUGGGGUCUUCAAAGGGAAGUACAAAAGUGGAUAAGUUGGAACUUAGUGUGGGUCCUGCUGGGGCUCUGGCCCCGGUCACUCCCACCAGCCCGGCUGAAGCUCUGGCUGAGGGAGUCCUCACUCAGUUCCCCACCUCUCCUCCGUCCCUGCCAGAGGAGGUUGCCGUUCGAACGUCCAGCCCCAUCCCGCUACGCUCCCCGAGCCCUCACACCCUCCUGGCCACCUUGUCGGACCCGCUGCAUCAGCACCAGUCCCCCGGCAUCCGACGCAGCCAGUCUGCCGAGCAGCAGAAACGAGAGCGCCAGUUGGCUUCCUCCUCCUGUCACGCUCCUGCCGCGGCACCACAUAACCUUAACCCCGCUGUCCGCUCCCCCGGUCGUAGGAAGCUCCCCACAAUCCCGGCAGACGCUGCCAACACCAAGUUCCCCUCAGUUAUCCGCAUCACUCGAGCACAGCUUCAGCAGCUGACGGCGCAGCGGCCCUGUAGGCUGUCCUCCCAGUCGGGAUCAGAUAGCGCUCCACAGUGCCUCCUGUUGGAGAGGUGUGGUGAGGUUGAAGCUCAGCGCUCAGCAGAGAUCUGCUCCCCGCAGGAGUGUGUGCCCACCAAUCCGGGGUCACCGACAGAUCCCCUUGCAGAGACUGUGGUCAAUGGAGAUAGUCACACCAAAGUUCCAAGUCCUGUGCCAAGUCGGAUGUCGUCCCCAAGCUCACCUCGCUCUCCCACUCCUCGCUCUCCAACCAAUCGCACCGCGACCUUACGUUCUCCAUGUUCGCCGACCUCCCCGCACUCGCCAAAUAGCCCUCGAUCUCCGCAAAAGCAGUUCUUUGCCAGUCCCCGCCUCUCGCCACCUGUCCUUUCCCAAAACCCUCAAGACUGUGACAAUGACUCGGGUUCCACUCCCUGUGUCCCGGAGCCAGAACCAGUCAGAGAAGAGGCGGAAAGGGUAAAUCAAGCUUCCAGUCAGACCAGUGGCAACGCUGCUUCCUCUCCAACAGCCUUGCGCAAAGACCCCAGCAGGAGGCAAAGCCGCAUCCCUGUGCCGGAACCCUCCUGUCUGCUGGAGGCCCCGCCACCAGGGUCCGCCAAAGAAAAGCUGCUGCAGAAAAGGGCGAGCCAUCACGGCCCAGCGGCCUCUCCCACCGCCUCGCCGUCACUCUCAGACAGACGGGCCAACAAAGUAGCCUCCCUGGCUAAAGAUCCGCUGUCCUCUGCGUCCGACCGCUCUCAAGAUGAAGACUCUCUCAUGGGGUCCCGCUCCGACCGCCAGGGAGACGAUGCAGCUUCCCUGUCCUCGUCCUCCAGCCCUCUGUCUCGCAAGAGCAGGAUCCCUCGGCCGGUUCACUCCAGCGGUUCCUCUGAGAAGCUCGCCUCCCAGUUCCUCCCAAGACCACCACCCGGGAAGCCACCAUGCCGGUCCACUGUGGAGAAUAGGCUCAGGCGCUACCGCAUCCGAGCUGGCAGCAACAGCGACUCUGACCUGCUAACAUGCCUCGCUCAGCUGGUGCACGGGGCCCGUGGCUCCUCGCUCCACCAUCGCUCCUCAGCUCAACAUGGCGGCUCUCGAACGGGCGUCUGCAGCCUGAACGGCUCCCCGCACCACAUGCGCAGCUCCAGCGCCUCCCCGCGCAGCUCUUCCUCCCUGCAGCGCUCCGUCAGCUCCUCCCCCUCCCGCGGCGGCGGAGGAGGGCUCUCCCUGGCCCGCAACCGCUCGCCACCCAGCUUCUCCGGCUCCCCGCCGUCCCGCCGCAUCUUCUCCUACCACCAGGAGGGUUGCUGCGGUCGCCAGGCUCGGACAACCCCCUUCCACCUGUCGAGGGGCAAAGGUUGCAGUCGCGAGAGCAAGUGUGCCAGUAAACUGGGCAGAUAACUGCUCGCAGGUGCGCUGGCUCGCUUUGAGUCUUCCUGGUUGAGUGCUGCUUAUGUUGCGACCCUCUGAGGGAUGUUGCUCCAAGUUUGUAAAUUAAAUCCCUCCCGUUCAUCUCGCAGUCGACUCGCCAACCACGAGUCGGUGUUGAGAACUGCUGCACUUAUAACAAGCGAGCUGCUAGCAGCGUAACUAAUUUAGCAUUAGCCUGACGCCUCCACGCCGCAGAGGCCAGGUGAGUCGUGCUAACUUGAUGCCAUCUGUGAAAAUCCCAGACCUGUGUACAGCUGUGUUUCCUCAGAUAUAUACUGUAUAGUGUCGCUCGUGCCCGACUCUGGGGCGCGUCCACGUCCAGAGUGACCCCCCUUGUACAAUCAGUCGCCCCCAGAGUGAGAACACCUUUUCGUGCCUACUGAAUUACACAGAGGGAAUAAGACUGUCACUCACGGUCGACCACUUUAAUAAUCUAGAGCUAGUAUUGUAGGCUGGCAGCAACUGACAGUGACUUGAAGAAUCCCAGAGGUGCCACAGGAGGGAGGCAGUGAAUCAGAGGGCCCAUAUUAUGCUACACGGAUUUCAGCAGCUUCAGUCUGCUGUUGUGGUUUUUCCAGCUGUUAUGGUGGAAUAGCCCCGCCCCCUUCACCAAAACCUGUGUCACGGUGACGUCGACCUCUCACUCUUCACCGAUCACCUUGUUUCAGUUCCAGAAAUCUGCUCGGCUCUGGAGCUGGAGCUCAGAACACAGGGGGCGGAGACAUAUGCAGACGUGCGCUGAGGAGCUUAUGAAAGGAAACGUGCUGCAGUGCUUUGUGGUCAGACUCCUGAAACUAUCUGAAAUCCCUCGACAAGCAUAAUAUGGGACCUUGAAUCUGAAGUGAAUAUUCAUAAUUGAUGACUGGUUGAUGAUCAUUCCUGUUAAAGCUUUGAUGCGCACGACCUAUUGCCACUGUUAGCACUUACAUUCUCCAGCAGUAUUGAGAUUCACAACUUUAUUUGGAAGUAAAGUGUGGAGGAAAACAUGCAAACAGUAAAUAAGUGAAACAAUAUUUGGUUUGACAAUAGAAACCACUGCGAGCGGCAGAACCCUCUUGAGCCUUAAAAUGUUCAACACGAAAUGAAGUUGAUAAAAAUAAAGCUGCAAAAAUGUGCAAGGAUGAAUCUGAGGAGCGUAGAAGCUGAAUUUUCUGUCUGCACCCCUGAAGUGGGGUCUCGUCCCCUGAUAUUCAUGUUUCUAUCCAAGAGAGAGCGUCUGUCGGUCUGACCCAGGACCUCCUCCCAGUUAGCAGGGAGGUUUGUGUCAGUCAUUCUGGGGGGGGGAGUCACUUGACUUUUUCCUACAGUGCUUCGGAGCGAAUUGUAGCUUUGAGAGCUCUGUCUUUUGGCUCAGCUCUACUCAGCUCCUCUCCUCACCUUCCACUCCCCACCACUGAGAACAGUGGUCUCAAGGUUUUGGGUGUUCAUCAUCAUGAUCUUACAAAUCCAUGCACAGAACCGGCGAGUCUGGGAAGUGAGUUCCAGGUAGAGCUGAUCUCAGUGACGCAGAUCUCACAGCUAGCAUAGCCACGCCUCACUCCUCUGAUAGCGAAACUGAAAUUCACAACGUAACAUGCUUAUUUAUUUCCUGCGCAUCAACACGACCUUUGACCUUCGGAUGAUAAACGGCUGAAGUCACCAGAAAAGAGUGUCAGAUUUUGGCGUCUUCACAGUGUGGCUCAGCAUUUGUGCUAGCUUCACCCUGCAGUUCAGUUUGAAGAUGAUUCUCAGUCCAAACAAAGAAAUUAGUUCCUUGUGAGCCAGUGAACAAUGCUGCCUUCACGCUCUGAAACGCUUGGUUGUAAAUACAUGAAUAACAUUCAUUUAAAGCGACUUCCAACAUGACUGAUUUAUCAAUAGAAUUGAGAGCAAUAAUGGAGUCCUCUGAUGUUAACCACUGCAGCUACUUUGAAGCGCGUCCUGUAUGGCAGAGUGAAUGUUGAUGAGGAAAAGGCCAGAUGUACAAAUGCUUCCUGAUGUUCACCAUGUGUUGUGUAUCCGGUGUUUACUCGCGCACUAAUGGGACUGUGUCCCGCUCCUUGUACGAUAAGCUUCUCCAUGCAUGAUCCACCGAGCUGAGCCAUCGAGUGAGGCUUCACUGUCACGCUGCCCUCCUGAUAACAUGCUGCAAAUCUGUGAUUUAUCAAGGGGGGAGGGAGGGAUGGGUUGCUGUGAAGAAAAGAGAGUCACGUUUGCCAAAUACUUUUCAUGGAUCCUGGAAUGUACUUUGGAAAGGGAAGGACCGCUGGAGUGUGUUUGACACGUCCGGAAGUGACGGCGAAGCUCCAAUGACUUGUCCAAUCAGCAGCCUUAAUGUGUCCCUUCUGGCCCCCUCUGCUCCACGAAGGAUGACUGAACAGUGUGUGUUUUGGACCGUCUGUGUGACGCUCCUCCGCCGGUGCCGACUGGAGGCCCGGAGGAAGCCGCUCCUGCUCGUGCCUUUCACUCGUCUGUCGCAGAAAAGGCGGAUUACGACGUGCUCAGCGAUUAUACAGGGUUUGGUCAUCAGGGACCCCCGAAAUUUACUGAGGUUCUCCGAAGCCAACCUCGGAGCCUGAGUGAUGGAGCAUGGGUGGUGGUUCUGCUUGGUUCUGUCCUCACUGAAGUGGACCUUUCUUACGAGAGCUGCUGUGGAACUGUCAUGACUAAUAUGUGUUUGCACUGGACACUCUGGUUUCCUCUCACUGUCCAAAAACGUGGAGUGCAGUUGUUGGCCUGUCAAGUGUGUCCCUGCCUCAUGCCCUUAGUAGCUGGGACAGUGAGCUGGACCCCACCAUCCCUUUGAGGGUGCUGAAGAAACUGAAUGACCAGGGAGGCCUCUGACAGAGAUGCAGGGUCACAUGAUGGCAUCUUAAUUCAGGGGUGUCCAAAGUCUGGCUCAGGGGCCAUUUGUGGCCCUUCAUUAGACUCCACAUGUGAAGUGGAGAAGGUGAAACGCUUGUUACUAAAAUGAACAAAUGUCCUUUCAAGCAUACUGCGGGUCUUUUUGAGACAAUCCCAUUGGUCCAGUGGAUGUUGAGCAACCAAAGAGCAACACCUUCAGGUGUCAGCUGUUUUGGUCUUGAUCUGAAGUGUUCUAAAUAAGUUUAUCAAGUAGAUCAGCUGCAUUUCUUUCGAUUGUUAGGGUCACAGAAUUUCUGGUUGACCAUAUUGACCUCAUUAUAUUUGGCCCUUGGUGAGAAGAGUCUGGACACCCCUGUGGUGAGGAUAGACCUCAUCUCUGUGAGGACAAGAGGGAGAGUCAGUCUGAUCAUCUCUGUUUGGGAAGAGGGUCAGGUUUGGGGUGUCUGGGAGGAGAAUCCAGAGCAUGAGCAUCAAGGGUGGAAACAUCAAGACUAUGGUGAGUCAGUCAUGACCUCUGAGCAGACAGGAAGGAGAGCUGUGUGGACAUCAGUGUUGUCUUCAUGCUGAACGAAGGCUUUAACUCACGAGACCACACCUGGGGUUUACCUGAACAAUACUUGACCACGGUUGUUUCAUGGAUGGUUUCCUCUUAUUAUUUUACGUCCAUCGUUAUUAUCGUUUCAAUGACAUUGUUUGGAAAUGUUCUCGUCUCGGUGGAGGAAUGUAACUUGUAUAUACCUGUAAGUGAUGCUAAUCCUAUUAUUUGUAUCAUAUGGAUGUACAGUGUUUUAUUUCUCCUUUGUUUUUAAAUUAUUUUGUAUUUUAUUUUUAUAAACUGGUUAGGAAUAAAACCCUGGUCCCGCAUGCGUAAAGAAAAGCCUGGUGUUCUCUUUGUGUCCAGUUGACACACAACCGAGCCGCGGCUCACAAGGUUCCAGCCCCUUUGGGUGGAAUACAGAUCCGUGAGUGAGAGGAGGACAAGCAGGUGGAGAGAAGAGGGAACUCUUCGGGUAAACCCUCUGACAGGGAUGGAAGUCAGCGCUGCUUACCAGGACAAUGCCAGGAACUUCAGACAACGGAGUGUCCACACAAUGAGAGGGGACUUCAACCUCCUAACUCUACUUAUGAUA